GCACUGUGUAGGGUAAACCCUAGGUUUUCUACAACUCUAAAGUAAGGAGUAAAAUGAUAUAGUUUUCGAACACGUGACAAUAACCGCAUUAUUGGGGUUUUAAUCGCGACAGUUUGAAAUAGGAGGGUAAAUGCAAUAUUCAUUAUUGGUUUAUAUAUUUGUAAGUUUAUGGGACCCUAUUAAAUGAUCAGCAAAGUGUUUGGCUUGAUAUUGGACAACAAGUAAUUAUGCAUGUUUUAGAUUUUAUCUUAUAUAAUGUAGCAUAACAUUUCCUUCGCUGGUGGAUAAUUUGUAGUGAUUUAUAUAAAGAAAUGGUGUGUUAAACCAGUAGAAGACACACGUCAGUGCUCCAUCUAUACUAAGUUAUUCCAUAAUUAGCACGUUAGGUAGAAUACCUUGACUACCUCAUUUGUUACGUAAACAGAUACAGGGAAUAUUGAUUAAAAUAUAGAAGAUUCACACACUGUAAAGAACAUAAUUAUAUGAGGAAACAAUCAUGGUGCAUGUAUCUGUAAGGCUGAUGCUGUUUUGGACAACAACCUUGUGUUGCCAGGCUAACAAAGAAUUAGAUGCGCCCAGUAGCAUAACGAACGUCAUAGAAUAUAAAAUUAGAUCGGCGUUUUCCAACGGCGGAGCGACUGCUGUAAAAGGUGUCAUCUUUGAAGAACUUCAUAAAUGGAAAGAUCUCCCAAUUAAUAUUGGAGUAACAGGAAAUUCCGGUGUUGGUAAAUCAAGUUUUAUCAAUGCCAUUCGUGGUCUUAGUGCAGAAGACGAAGGAGCUGCUAAAGUAGGCGUUAUCGAAACAACGCAGACAAUGAGCUCAUAUCAACAUCCAAAUAACAAGAAUUUACUGUUCUGGGAUUUACCAGGUGUCGGUACUCCAAACUUUCCACAAGGGAACUAUCUGAAAGCUAUCCAAGCUGAAAAAUUUGAUUAUUUCAUUAUAAUGUCUGCUGAUAGAUUUACAGAGAACGAUUUGUGGCUUGCAAAAGAGAUGGUAAAUCUUCGCAAAGCGUUUUACUUCGUCCGAAGUAAAGUUAGUCAAGAUAUAGAAAAUGACAAGAAGAGUCAUCCAAAAUCUCAUGACAAGAAAUCUGUACUAGAGGUCAUAAGGACCAACUGCAAUCAAAAUUUGCAACACAUCAGAAGUCUCAAGAAACCUGCCCGGGUAUAUCUAAUUGAUAACUAUGAUGUUGAUAAUUUCGACUUUGUUAUCAACACAUUUAAUUGAAGAUGCUCCUGAAAUGAAAAAAGAAGCCAUUACAAUGUCACUGAAUGUUCUCUCAAGAGAAUUGAUAUUAACUAAGAAAGAUGUCUUGAUUAGUAGAAUAUACAAAGUGGCAGUACUAUCGGCUUUAGCUGGUGCAGCACCGGUACCUGGACUUGAUAUUGCUGUAGACACGUUAGUUCUUCUUGAAGAAGCCAUAUUUUAUCGAUCUCAGUUUGGUCUAGACGAGGACUCUUUGAGGAAUCACGCUAAACUACAUAGAAUGUCGUUGGACGAUUUUAUCGAAAGAGUGGGACUAGAAAGCAGUAUGGUCGAGUUUUCCAAAACCGGCAUAAUAAUGUAUUUAUCAAAGAUUGGAGUAACGAGUGCUGCGUCAUACGCUACAAAAAACAUUUUGAAAUACACUUUGCCAGUGGUAGGAAACAUAAUAAGCGGUACAGCCGCCUAUACUUCGGCAACAUAUUGCUUAAAUAGUAUACUGGAUAUGAUGGUCAAUGACGCAUUGAAAAUAAACGAUUAUCGUCCUAAGGAAUAAUUAAUCCUUUCAGCUAAAAUGUAUAGAGAAGCUUGCCUUCAUGUUUUAUUGUAGUACUGUUAAUGUUUUCUUAAAGGACAAGGAAUGCCUGAAUAUAAGUUAAUUUGAUAUGAAAGCCAUCAUCAAGCCUUUAAUACCGCUGAAAGAAUUUUUAAAACCCGACCAAUGUUGAAAAAGAUAUGGCAUUUUGUAAUUUGGAAAAAAAUGGCUUAUCAUGGAGGCAGCUAUUUUAAUGUGUUUAUGACGUCAUUUACACACUGCUGAAUUCUUUAUUUAGCAACUUACCUUUUAAAUAGAUUAAUUUCAUAUGUGUCUCGGGUGUAAGCUGUAAAAUAUGGUAAUUUCUUUCAUUUUAGCUUUAAAAAGUAAAUAAAGUAUUUUACAGAAAUAAGUAAAUACACUUCAAAUAUGUAUCUAAAAUUUCACAAAUCCACCAUUUUGUUUCUUGUUGGCAUGGAAACAAAAUGGCCGCCAUUUUAUCAAAUAUUUGAUUGCUCAUAACUUUCUCAAUAUUAAACCGAUUUUGAAAAUUCUUUCACUUCUUUAAAUGACUUAAGAAAUCAUAGCAGAUGGAUUUACAUGAGACCAACACUGCCUUUCUCUUUAAAAUUACAGUAUACAUGUAAUACAAAGCAUGAUCAAGAGAAUAAUAAUUACAGAUAAUCUCACUUAGGUAGUUUUUAUGCAGCUCAUUCAUUUUAUUAUCGCCUAAACAUAUUACCAUAAGGCAUAACUCUUGGCAGGUAUGUCGUUAAAUUUCCUUAAGCUUAACUGAACGGUCAUGUAGUUUAAAACUUUAGAUAAAUAUUGUCAUUGAUUAUUUUUAAAGUCAAUUCAUAGCGUAGCGUUUUAUUUUCACGUUUAUACAUUUUAUUAACGUAUGCUCUGUUUAUUAUCAUUCAGUUAGCUUUUUUUUCUUUUGACGCUUUUAAGGCCCUUUCACAUUUUCCUGUCAUGAUUAAUGUUUAAAUUAAAAUGAAAUGUACACGUAUUUUUGAAAAUUGUCGUUCACAUAAUUUGAUUUUUUACGAUAAUUGUGAUGAAAUGGCAAUACAAUCAACAAGAAGACAGUAAGUGUUCAUAUAAGACACCAUGAAUUGUGCAACAUCCCUCAGGACUAUUAUUAGCGAUUUAGUUGAACUGUGUUUCAAAGUAAUAUUGAUUAGACUCCAUGUACCUAAUGAUUUAGAAACAAUAAUUACACCGAGAUGAAAUUCUUUAACCGUUUUACGAUUUCAUGACAGUAUUCUGUGAUAUAUUUUAUUACAUGUUUGUGUUCUGUUCCUCUAAUAGUAAUGCCGCACAAGGUUUGACAUACCAUUAUCUUAAAUUGUUGCAGUCAUUAUCGGUAUACUGAUAUAGGUAAUUCAAAAAAUAUUUAUAAAAUGUUUAGUGGCAUUAUUUAUAAUAUCACCGGGAAAAAAUAAAAUGUCAAAGGUUUAAGGGAUCUUGUUGAAUUUUAAAGAGAAAGGCAAACCGGUAAUUCAAGACCCGUUUGAAAAUAUUUGUACGUAGAACGAUAAUAUUGUAAAAUGUUCCAAAUGACUGCUUAACUGCUUAUGAUGUUUGUGUCAGCACUUUAUGAAUAUACACCAUGAAUAUUGUUUGUUGAAGCAAUCUGUACUAAUAAUGUCCGCCAGUAAAGAAUUAAAUGUUAAUGUUCAUUUACAA